AUGGCCCUGCCACUUCUCUUCAGUGGGAGCUUCUGGGUUCUGCUGGUGAGUCUAGUCUUAUCGAUAACCACCUUGAACAAUUCCACUGCUUUGGUUGUGGACUCAGUGACCUCCACAACACUAGAGAUGGGAACCUUUUUAGAGCACAGCACAAGCAAUGGGGUCUUGACCCCAACUCCCUCAACUGCCUUUAGCGACAAUGAAGAGUCCUCUCUCGAGAUUUCUGUUGGUGCCAGUACUGGUCCUACUGUGUCUAAGCCAAUGCCCUCCAAGAAAGCUUCAACCAUAAAGCCAUUAGUGCCUCUGGAAAUUGUUAAUGGAACCAGUGACCCUGCAAUCCCCAUAAGAGUAAACACUCAGGAAUACCGCACUGUGACAGGUGGAGCCACGACAUUUAACUCUCUGGAAACCUCUGCUAGGAUCAAUGAGACCAAUACAACAAGCUCUCCAGAGCCCUCCAGUGGGGCCAGUGGACUCCCUAUCACCGAUGCAACAAGCUCUCUGGAGACCUCCAGUGGGGCCAGUGGACCCCCUGUCACCAACACAACAAGCUCUCCAGAGCCCUCCGGUGGGGCCAGUGGACUCCCUGUCACCAGUGCAACAAGCUCUCUGGAGACCUCCAGUGGGGCCAGUGGACCCCCUGUCACCAACGCAACAAGCUCUCCAGAGCCCUCCGGUGGGGCCAGUGGACCCCCUGUCACCAACGCAACAAGCUCUCCAGAGCCCUCCAGUGGGGUCAGUGGACCUCCUGUCACCACGACAAUCAGCUCCCUGGUGACCUCCAAUGCAGCCAGCAGCUCCUCAGUCUCCAUCACGAAAGUAUCCAUGGGGACCACCCCAAAGCUCUCUACAGAUAUGAGCACAAGGUCCCCAGACCAGGAACGGAAAGGCAUGCUGCUGGUGCCCCUGCUGGUGGCCCUGCUGGUCGUCGUGGUGCUUGUGGCAUUCCUCCUGCUGUGGCGUCAGCGGCAGAAGCGGCGCACAGGAGUCCUGACACUGAGCAGUGGAAAGCACAAUGGGGUGGUGGAUGCCUGGGCUGGGCCAGCCCAGGUCCAUGAAGAGGAAGCCCUGACAGAAGCAGUAGCGGGAGCUGGGGGUGAGAAGGGCUGUGGGGUCCCUGAGACAGAGGGGUCUGCCCGGCGGCCCACACUUACCACUUUCUUCAGCAGACGAAAGUCUCACCAGGGCUCCUUGGCAAUGGAGGAGCUGAAGUCCAGCCUAGGGCCUGGCCUGAAGGCCGAGGAGGAGCCGCUGGUGGGCAGUGAAGAUGAGGCUACGGAAGGCGCAGCCUCUAAGGGCCCCAACAUGGGGGAUGGGGUGGCACCUCAGCGCCUAUGAGCAAGGAGGACCUUGCCGGUUCCACCAACCUCCCUCUGAGCUUUGCUUCCAACCCCAUCCUCACCAGCACCCUCAGGAUCUCUCUCAGCAUCCUCCUCACUUGGAGUGGCUGCCUGGUUUCUCAGCCCUGGGCUCUCCAGCCAGCAUCCUCACCUGGCACCUACAUCUAGACCUGAGCCACAGCCUGCUCCUGCUGUCUGCAGACCAACUAAAUCAGCCUUCUCCAUGAAUCCAUUCAGUUCCCUCUCCGUCUAUCUUCAUCCUGCGACUGAGUUGCUGAAUCUUUAGGAUGCCACACUUACUGACCCAUGACUUCUCCAAGGGUCCCAGCUGGGGAUACCAACAUUUGGGAAGAAGGAAAUGACAAAUCUGGCCAACUCCCCAGGAUGAAGCUUUGAAAAGUACAAGGGGUCCUGUGUUGGGACAUCCUAAAGGGCAGCCCAUGUCUGUUGGGACUUUGACUCUCUGGGUGGCUCCCUCUGGCCACCCUAGGGCCUUGGCUGGGUGGGGCUGCCCAUCUGUGCUCUCAGGAAAGCCUGUGACCUUCUCCAGAGCCCCAGCACCCAGGACUGACUUUGCUCUACCUCAGGGACUAUGGCUGGGUAGGGCACUUUGCCACUUCUCCCAAGAGAGGAGAGGAGUCCUGGCCGGGGGUGGUUCUUAGGGGGGUUGACAUCUGCGACAUAGCACUCCUGGGUGUGGUCUGUAUGCAAGAGGUGUCAGUGUUUAAGGGUAGUGAUGAUUACAGACUACAAAGGGGGGCAGAGGCUGAGGAGGGCUGCCCCCAGUGUGGGGUACAUGGGCCCACUAAGAAUGCAGGUGUCUUCACCUUUGCUCAGAUGGGGCACACAGAUGGGAAACUUUAACUCAGUCUGACAGUCUAAGAAUACAGGCUUAACAAGGCUGGGCAUGGUGGCACAUACCUGUGAUCCUAGCACUCUGGAGACUGAGCUAAAAUAAAAAAAGCCCUUGAAAUGUAGCUUAGCGUGAAGGCGUAAGUUUGAGGCCAGCCUGAACUAUGUAGCAAGUCCUGUUUCAAAAAACGAGAGAGAAAGGGGCUGGGGAUUUAGCUCAGCGGCAUAAGCGCCUGCCUUGCAAGCAGGCAGUCGUGAGUCCGAUCCCGGGUACCGAUAAAAAGGAAAAAGACAAAAAAAAAAAAAAAAAAAAAAAAAAACAACAACAACAAAA